UCAACACAUUUCUUCUCAUCGUCUUUCCUUCUUAUUCUCUAAACUAAUUUCUGAUAUUUUCUCUCAUAAAAUUUGGAAAACAGGAGCUGUUUUUCCACCACAAAUUGAUCAAUAGCAGAUAACAAGCAAGGGAAGAAAAUUUCGUUGAGACGCUCUAGCAGACAUGCAAAAAGCAAAGACAGUCAGUGCAUUGUGAAUGAUGUCCCUUGUAAAACUGUUCUCCGAGAACGGCCAAACAAGUGAAGAAUUUCUAUGAAUCAAAAAUGGUUUGUUAGUUCAACCAAGCAUGAAUCCCAUGCAGGUUUUACUCCAUCCGGUCUUUGACCAACUUGGAGAUGUUGAAGACAGUGAUUUACAUAAAGCAGCACGAGAUGGUAACUUGGAUCAGAUGCGAUCCCUUCUCUUAGCUCCACACUGUACUCCGCUUGAUAUCAACCUGAAGAACUGCAUGGGACAAACACCCCUGGCACAAGCAGCUGCUGGAGGUAAUCUAGAAUGUGUAAAGUUACUUCUGGAGCAUAACUGUAUUACAUCUACCUCAGACAUCAAAGCUCAAACGCCUCUCUUCCUAGCACUUCGAAAUCAACACUUUGAUGUUGCAAGAUUUCUUCUCAUCCAUGGUGCAAACCCAGAUGGAGAUUUGGCUAAUGCUGCAACCCCACUCUGUCAUGCAGCUUGGCAUGGUGACCUAGAAGCAAUAAAGUUGUUGCUUGAAUUUGGUGCUGAUGUUAAUCUCAAGAAUCAGAAUGAUAUCAAGAUUGAUUAUCAAAGGCCACUAAGUUUGGCUUUUGCUUAUCAACAUUUGGAAUGCGUCAAGUUAUUAUUGAAAUCAGGAGCAGACCCUAACUUGUCUGGAUAUUUCUGUCACCGAGCAGUCCGGAAGAAAUACUCCAGUAUAUAUGUCCAUCUCUUUUACCAGUUUGGAAUUAAUAUCUUUCAGAAGGAUAAAUCUCUAAUGUUUGCUUGGGAAUUAGACAAUGAUCAAAACGAGUGUGUCAAACUUCUUAACAUCCUCAAAGAAACUCCACGGCAGCUAAAAGCAUCUUGCAGGAUAUGCAUUUGGAAACAUAUUGGAUGGCAAAGAAUAAAGAAAAUCAACGAGCUAGUGAUGUUACCAAAGUUUUUGAUAUCUUACUUGAACUAUGAUGAUCUGUGUGGUUGAAUUCUUGGCAACAAUGUUAAAAUUUCAUGCAAUUAUUUUAUGAUAAGCGUGUUUUGUUCUUAAUCUGAAAAAUGAUAUUUAGCAAAGGUUUUAAAUUCUUGUUGAAAUUAUAGUUUAAAAUAUUUGGGGUUUACAUUUGUUUUUCCUUGUUAUUCGAAUACUGCUGACUGGAGAUAUGUAAAAAGGUAAGGAAAGUGGCUUUAGGCUGAUAGGAAUGUGUGUAUUCUUCACAAAUAUUGCUUGUUGUAUUUGGAAAACUAUAGAUUUAAACUGCUGGCUUUCAAGUGAUGUUAAAGCUAUUGAAGUGAAUUUCAUUGACAACAUUCGGAAGUAAAUUGGGGAAAAAAACUUUUAAGUAAAAAAUAGAGUGAUUUGUUUCUCAUGAUAGUAACUAAAAUAAUCAAGGAGAAUUUCAAACAUGGGGCAAAGAGAAAAUUAACAGAAACUCUGUAAUAGCAAAAUCUCAUAGAAGUCACAAAAACUAAAUGUGAAGGUCAUAUAAACUCAUUAAGUGUUCUAUAUGGUUAACAUGAAAAUCGAAACUGAAGGAUUUAUGCAUUGCAAUUUACAAAAUCCAAAUUACAAAAGCAAUCUAUGAUCCUUUUUGCUGGCACAAAAAUUACAAUAGAUCAGCUGACAGUGAUGAUCUUAACGAAGGAAGGGUAAAACUGGUGAUACAUAAAUAAUUUACAUGACACCUUGCUCUCACUCUGUCUCUUUCUUUCUUUCUUUUUGUAUGUAUGUAUGUCUAUGUAAUAAUGCAUGCAUCAUACAUACAUACAUACAUACAUACAUACACACUCACUCAUGCAUACAUAUCCUGUGUAUACAGUUAGAUGUAUGACUCCUACUGUUCAGUUUAGAGCUCCAUGUAGAUUAUCAUCAUCAAGUUUGCUCUUAUUUUAGUGGCUUGGUUACUACUGUACUUAGUAGUAUUACUGGUUAUGAUAUACAGAGUAAAUAUAGGGAAAAUUGUGAUUAACACAAGUUUAUUUAAUUUGUUCCCUUACAUUCAUUUCACUGCUGUGGUUCUUUGGAACAUCUGUAUUGGACCUGUCGUGGUUAAGCAUCCAAUUGCACUUUGAACAUUCAAUGCAGAGGUUCCAAACAACCAUAUGUAGGGAAGAAAUAAUAUAUAAACUUGUGUUUAUCAAAACCUUUUAUAUCAAAGUUCCAUAAUACUACUCUGACAUUAUAAGAGUGAUGGUUAAGGAACUACUGUUAUAAAAGACAAUUGAACUAAGAUGUCAAAAACAUAGACUUGGAUGCUGUCUUGUGAUAUAGCUUGAGAUUGUAGUAAUGUUAAGAAAGAUGACAGAUUAAAUAUAAAGUCCAAUAGAUUGUGCUGCCCAAAAUGCCUUCAAUUUAUUCUGAUUUCUGUGGUACAGACACAUUGAGAUUUAUAUAACAGAAAACUCUAAAUAAACAUUUAUAAAACAUGUUAAGAUGUUCAUGCUUACCUCCAUUGUUAAAGAUUGUUUUGCAUAGCUGACAUGCUGAAAAAAGAUUACAAAAUUACCUGCCUAGCAACAAAAUAAAAUCUUACUCUGCUAAAGUCAUUGAAGACAACUUAGUUCUUCUCUGCAUGGUUCAAUCUCAACACUCAUCUUGUAAAUUAAGUUUGUUCUGUUGUGCCUAUCAUUAUUCUUUUAUUUAAUUUGGUGCUGUUAGAUGAGGUUAAGAAUCGAAGAUAUAUGCUUAUCUCAAAACUGCCACGAGAAACAUUGUUUUUAUGAUAUUUAGGACUGUCAGCUGUACAGUGCUACCGUGAUGUAAUUUAUUGAAACUAUUUUUGAAUAAUCUGCAGCUUUAGAUUGUUUUGAAGCAAAAUGUGAUAUGAAAAUAUUAAAAUCAAAUAUUCUUGGUGUUGUGAUGGAAUGUUUAUUUGCAGGAAUAUUUCUGUUGUUUUCCUGGCAAUUUAUGUUGUUAUUGCUGAAAUAAAUCGAAGAAAUUGUGUGUGCGCGCGUGUGUGUGUGUGUGUGUGUGAAUUGUGAUUUACAUUAAACUGCUCAAUACAGGGUUGUUGUCAAGAAUGUAAUGACUGGUAUUGUGUGUGUAUAGUUAAUUACUCAUUAAUAGUUUAUGUAGAAAAGAAGAGCAAAAUGGACCUUUCAGAAAAGACUAAAAUUGAACUAUUUUUUCAAACAGAAUGUGAAUUUAUUCAAGUGCUAUUUUCAUGAUAUUUAACUAUUUUGUCUGAUUAUUUUUAUGUCAAUUGUACUUACUUAAGACUUGUUAAAGUCUUGGUAAGCUGCUUUAACUUGCUGUUGGGAAUUCAUAUAUAUUCUUUUAUUCAGUAGUGAGUUUUAGGAUUGGUGAAUAUAUCGAUAAUGUCCUUUUAAUAAAUGUCUCAAUUUGAUAUUGCAUUGCUCAGCCUCUUAACUCAGAAUUAAAGUUACCUUUAUUCCAUUAUUUAUAAUGGAUUAUGAAUUUGCUACAAAUUGUGUAAAUAUGGAUUUUGCUGGAUGAAAAUACAAGAAAAAGUAGGGAAGGGAUUCCAUAAUUUCAUAUAAAACAAUUUGGCUUUUAUGGUAAUCUUACUGUUUAUUGAAUUCU